GGUUUUAUUUUGGUGCAUAGCUGUUAAGAUGAGUUUGAAAAAGCACAAAAAGCACAAGUCGGAAAAGAGAGACAGACAUGAAGACAAAUCACAAACUGGUGGUGACAAGCCACCGGGUCUGCGGCUCAUUUUGAAGAUGAGCAAUUCCACACCAGACAAUUCAUGUGACUCACUGGGGCCUAUGGUGGAUGAAGAAACAAGUAGAAUGUCUGCUGCAUCUUCCUCUCAUUUGACAAGUGUUCGGGACGACAUUUUAAAUUCAGUGAAUGCUUUAUCUGAUCGCUCUCACAAAAAAGCUAAAAAGAAAAAGAAAAAGAAGGAGAAGGAUCGUGAUAAACAUGAGAAAAAGCACAAACAUCAUCACAAGGAAAAACGGAAACGUCGUGAAGAGUCAAGCCAAGAUGAUGUUAGUAUGGGUGAAGAGAGUUUGUCUGAACCUCCUGCAAAGCGUGCUGGAUUAGAUGGUUCUCAGGUGAUUGAUGAACAGAUGAUUGCUGUGGCAAGAGAAGUUGACGCUGCCAUUCGUGAGCCACGAUCAUGCGUUUUGAGACAAAGACAAGAACGGUCUGCUCUGCAAAGACUCUUGGAGUACUUGCUGAAAGCUUUAGAGAAAAAGGAUCCAAAACAACUAUUUGCUUGGCCGGUGACUGAUCACAUCGCCCCAGGCUAUUCAUCCAUUAUUUCAAUACCAAUGGAUUUCAGCACAAUGAAGCAAAGAAUUGAUAAUGGAGUCUAUUCAUCCCUGUCCCAAUUCACUGAUGACUUUAAAUUGUUGUGCAAUAAUGCAAUGGUUUACAAUCAGCCCCACACAAUAUAUUACAAAGCUGCUAAGAAGUUGCUCCACACUGGUGUCAAAAUGAUGAGCCCAGAUAAGCUGAGACCUUUGCGGUCUGUCUUAACUUACAUGGUUGAUAUCGGGCGAGAAGCUUUGGGCUUUGAUGUUGGUGAAGGACUUGCUGCUUCAGAGCUUGUUUCUCCUGGCAGCCCUUUGGCAACCAAUUCAGAUAUGGGAAUGGAGGGUGCCUCGCUUGGUGAAGAAAGUAUGGACAUUGAUAUUAAGAAGAAGGAGCAGAAACCCAUCCUUAACAAGUUUGAGGCUAUUCCUGAUGACCUUGCUCCUGAAGAGAUUCUUGAACAAGCUCAAAGAGCAAGACAAGCUGCUGCAGCAAAGCUUGCAGCCAGGAAGCCAAAGACAACCAUGGGAUUUUUACGUCAGCGUAAGGAUGGUACCACAUCUCUUAAUAUAUUAGUACCUGGAGAUGGAAUUGAUGUAGAGAAGAAAGAGAAAGCAGUUUUACUUGGAGCUGUCACUGGGAAGUUGACCAAUGGUACAGGGCAGCUUCAAGGUUUCAGAGAAGACAAACGGAAUUUGGCCAAAACAGUUAAACCGCUUUACUAUGGUGCUUUUGGGUCUUACGCACCAUCACAUGACUCUACUUUUGCUAAUUUAAGUAAAGAUGAGUCAGAUCUUGUGUAUCAAACGUAUGGUGAUGACGCUGCUGUUCAGUAUGCUGAGAGCAUACUGGAUUUUGCAAAGGACAAUGACUAUACUAUUACAAUGGUAGAUAAUCUUUUGGACAUUUUAACACAUGGUGAACACAGAAGAACAAAAAAGAAUCUUGAGGAUAGACGUAAAAUGAGAGAAGAGGAGGAACGAAUGCGAGUUAUCCUAGACAGUGCUAGAAGUCAAGAAAGUACGACUGCCCUGGCAACUUCUCCCACUGUACCAAUCCAAUGUCCAAAUUCAAAGUCCCAGUCCACCCCUACUCCUCCAGUUACUAUACCAGUUCAGGCUAUGAAUUUGGAUUCCUUACGAAGUCUUGGUGAUCUUGGUAUUGACACAAGUUUUUUGGAGGGAGUUGAGGUGCUGAGGAAAGAGGUAGAGGAGCAGCAGCAGGCUCAAGCUCAGCUAAACCACACUGGUGGUCUCCUGGAGAACUUGCAACAAGUUCAAAGUGACCGCUUGAGCACUGCACCACCCCAGCACUUGUCACAAGUGUUGCAGCCAUCCAUAACAGAAGUAUCCUUAGCUGAGAAGAUAACAGAAAAUCUCACUGAUUUGGCAAAGAGAGUUCCUCCUGCUGCAAUUGUUCCUGUAACAGCUGUUCGAAAGGCUAUGGGUGUGCAGGUAACGCCUGAUAGUGAAGGCGUCAGCUCUUCAACUUCCGGUGACCAUAUUCAGACAGGCGUUCAAGCUUCAACAGUUCAGGCCUCCAAUCCCACCAGUUCUGGAACAUCAGUUCGAGACUUAGAAGCGGAGUUACGAGAGUUUCUUGAGAGUGAAACGUCCAUGGGCAAUUCUGAAAUGCAUGAUGAUCAGUCAAUUGAUGAAAUAUUUUCAGUUCCCUAGGCUUAUCAUUUGUGUAGGCAAUCAGCAUGGAACACACAACUGUACAAUCAUGUGCUCCCUUGUUGUAUUCACAAGUUACCUAUUGUGUCUGUGUAUUUAUGCUGGGACAGUCAUUAUGAAUUAUUGUUUGACAACAAGACCUCUUUGCUUCAUUUCUCAUGGCUUUAAUUGAUUGGAUUAAUUGCAAAGCACAAUGUAUUUAAUUUGUGACCAUUCCCAUGAUUUUUUUGUUCUAAGAUUGAAUUUAAUUGGUUUGUGUUUUUCUUAUUUCUCUUUCCCAUUUUUUGGUGGUAUUUUUGAAAAGAACUAGUCUUUUAAUUGUGUCACUUGCUGAAGGCUUGCAUGUCUUCUGCUUCAUCUUCAAAAUCUAAUCUUUAGGUGUUACUAAUUGAGCAACUAUUCUGUGAUCAGUCAUUAUAUUUAAAAUCCCUUUUAAUAGUUAAACUGAAGGGCUGAUACAGACUCUAAAAGAGUCCUCUGGGAAAUGCAUUUGCUAUUUAAUUGGCACGUUUAUUCUGUGAGCUUAUUAGAAAAAGAAACUCAUCAGCACCUUCCAAAUGAAUUUUAUUGUGGUGCCUGAGGUUUGUAAAUAAUAAUAAUAAUAAUGACAUUGUUGUAGAUCUUUUAACUUAUGGUUAGUUUUAUGACCUGUAUUUGCAGCUACUUGGAUAGCACUUAUUUGGCUGUACUGUAAUUAAAUUUAAAUAAUUUUCUUGGUGUAGAUUUGUAUAGGUGCUCAUAUCUUUGGUGUUUUGUAGUAACAAAAUUUUUAUUAAGAAAAAAAUGCUGUUAAACAUGCAAUUACCUAGAAUUUUUUUAAUUUAUAAGUAAGCUACAUGCUAAAUGUCCAACGCAGACCUCUCGUAGAGGAUGACGUACUGUUCAUAUUCUGUAAAUAUAGCCAGUAGAAUAAAAUGAAGUUGUGCAUCAAAUCAAA